AUCGGUCUUCCUUCACUCUCUCUCUCUCGCCUUUGUUUCGUUUUUUCUCCAAUCCCAAUCGAGAACUGAUUAGAUAAAUCAAUCAUGGCACUUCUGGAGGGAUUUUACAGAGUGAUCAUGCGCCGUAACUCCGUCUACGUCUCCUUCAUCAUCGCCGGCGCUUUCUUCGGCGAAAGGGCUGUGGAUUACGGUGUUCACAAGCUUUGGGAAAGCAAAAAUGUUGGGAAACGGUAUGAAGACAUCUCUGUGUUGGGUCAAAGGCCUAUUGAAGAAUGAGAUUUUCUCCUUUGUUGUUGUUUUGCACUUGCGAAGUUUCUUUCUUCUUUUGUUAAAUAAAUAUCAUUGGAAUGAUGAUUUCCAUAUACUUUCACCUAAAGCUGCUAUUUGAUUCUGAUUAAUUAAAAGUUGUUUUUCUGCAAUAAUUAAUUAGAGAGUGCUU